AUGACCGAGGUGCCACCAACGGCCACCUCGCAGAGAGGCUCUCAUCGAGGAAGAGGGUGGCGCGGAAGUCGGUUCAGAAGAGGCCGUCAGCAUGGACCAAGGCGAUCAGAUCCUCCGGCCGAGGGAAGUCAGCCUGUACAGCCAGCACAGCCAGCACAGCCAGAGCCGGCCGUGAGUUCUCGUGAGCCAGUCGCUACCGCCAGUCAGGCUGUAGAUGUGGCUCCACGCUUAGAUCCCCAGCCAGGGAGGGGAAGCGGUGGAAGGGGGAGGCGCGGCGGAGGGAGACGUGGGACCGGUCAACGUUCGAUCGUGGUAUCGCAUCGGGGCGGGCGAGGGCCACACCCCGUGCCAGGCUCCGGGGGCAGCGGUCCGUCUGGGCCUGGGCUUAGCGCCGCUGCUCCCGAGUUUGUUCCUGGUCAACCCGUUUCUAUUUCUUCCUUGGGGCCCGAAACUGCGUCGCAGGUUUUGCCCAAGUCCACAGCAGAGGACCUGCCAACACGGAUUCACGAAGACAUUGACCACCGUCAGUACGAGUGUGUCAUAUGCACAAACGAAGUGCUGCGAAACUCCAAGGUGUGGUCCUGCUCAGUCUGCUGGACUGUGACCCACCUCCACUGUGUGAAGAAAUGGCACACGAACCAAAUGAAGGAGCGGCGAGAAAACCCGGGCCCAAAUCAGCCAGAGGGCUGGCGGUGUCCAGGUUGCAACUCGACGUUACACGAGGAGCCUGGGCCCUAUCGUUGUUGGUGCGGCAAGGACGUCGACCCAAAACCCAUUGCUGGUCUUCCUCCCCACACAUGCGGACAGACAUGUUCGAAGCCUCGGGCCACAUGUCCGCACCAAUGCUCCUUGAUGUGUCACGCAGGGCCUUGCCCGCCUUGCACACUUAUGGGCCCGACUCAGACUUGCUUCUGCGGCAAGAAUACGUUCACCAAGCGGUGCAGCGAGACGGACUACGCAAAGGGUUGGAGCUGCGGGGAACCCUGCGGCGAUCUGCUUCCGUGCGGAGAGCACUACUGCACACAGACGUGCCAUGCCGGGCUGUGUGGUUCCUGUGAGGUACCUGUGUGGGCUACCUGCUAUUGCGGAAAGGAAUCGCGAGAGAUAUCCUGCAGCCAGCGCAACGAUAUCCUGGAAUCUUUCAACUAUGGUCAAGUCACACCACGGUCAACACCUAGCGGCGAAGAGCAUACCUCAGACGCUUGGUUCGAAGGAUCGUUCCAAUGUGACAAUGUCUGUGGCAGGCCAUUCGACUGCGGACACCAUACCUGCCAGAAGCCCUGUCACGUUCAAGAUGAAGGCGCCGCUCAUUGCCCUUUGUCUCCUGAUGUGGUCACCCACUGCCCAUGCGGCAAGACCUCGCUCGACUCGAUGCCCUUGGAACCAAGGAAAUCAUGUCAGGACCCUGUCCCACACUGCAAGAAGCCAUGCAAUAAGGUUCUGGCCUGCGGCCAUCUAUGCCCGGACGAAUGCCAUAUUGGCCCCUGCGCGCCCUGUACUCAGUACGCCGACAUCUCGUGCCGAUGCGGAAGGACAACGGUCCGGUCUGUUUGCCACCAAGGCAACGUCUCCCAUCCCUUGUGUUUCCGCAUCUGUAGAGCCCAGCUCAACUGUGGGCGACACGAGUGUGGAGAGCACUGUUGCCCUGGCGAGAAGGCGGCGGCUGAGCGGCGGAAACAAAAGAGGAGUGUCAACGAGAAUUACGAACCUGAGCAUAUCUGCUUGCAGGUGUGUGGCCGCCGGCUCAAGUGCGGGAAGCACACGUGCCAGCAGCUCUGCCACAAAGGGCCCUGCAUGUCGUGUCCGGAGGCCAUCUUCGAUGAGAUCAGCUGUGCCUGCGGACGAACUGUGCUUCAGCCGCCCCAACCAUGCGGGACACGGCCCCCCGAGUGUCGAUUCCUCUGCACAAGACCACGCCCGUGUGGUCAUCCGUCGGUCGAGCACCAAUGCCAUCCUGACGACGCAUCUUGUCCAAGAUGUCCCUUCUUGAUGGAGAAACCCUGCAUCUGUGGCAAGAAGGUGCUGAAGAAUCAGCCCUGCUGGUUCGAGGAAGGAAGGUGUGGCCUUCCAUGCGGAAAAAAGCUCAAGUGCGGGAUUCAUGAAUGCGGAAAAUCCUGUCACAAGCCCGGUGAAUGCGAGGACGCUGGAAUCUCCGGGUCACAUUGCUCUCAGCCGUGUGGUAAGGUCCGGAAAUCGUGUGAGCAUACAUGCGCCGACCAGUGCCACGCGCCGUAUCCCUGCAUGGAGGACAAGCCGUGUCAAUCCAAAACGUUCAUUACCUGCCCUUGUCAGCACCGGAAGCAGGAGGUUCGAUGCCAGGCUACGCUACUUAACCCGUUCCCCACGAAAGAGUCUACUCUCAAAUGCGACGACGAAUGCCUGCGGCUUCAACGCAACCGCAAGUUAGCCGAAGCCUUGAAUAUAGAUCCCGCAACGCAUACCGACGACCAUAUUCCCUAUUCUGACACCACUCUCCGACGGUUUCGGGAGAACGUCAGUUGGGCACAGGAGCAAGAACGUCAGCUCCGCCUUUUUGCUGCCGACCCAGAGGAGAAGCGAAUCAGAUUCAAACCUAUGCCGUCCCACCAGCGCGCGUUCAUACAUGCUCUUGCCGAAGAUUUUGGCCUAGAAACAGAGAGUCAAGAUCCGGAACCACAUCGGCAUGUGUGUGUCUUUAAGACCCCGCGGUUUGUUUCCGCCCCGCAGAAAACGCUGGCGCAAUGCAUCCGAAUAGCCAACACAGCGGCGAAGCUCGGCACCGGCACAUCCACUGUGAAAUCCGCACAGGCUACACCCGCUCAGAAACCGCAGCCACCCUCCUUCAACGCGCUGCUGCUCAAAGACCCCCGGUUUGGCCUAACCAUUGACGAGCUAGAAGCCGCUCUUUCGCCCGAGUUAGCGGCCGCCUCCCGCUUUGGCCCAGCCCUAAGCUUCACGACAAGUUUCCUUCCCUCGACGGACGAGAUUGUCAUCAAGGCUACGCCUAACCUGACGGCGGCAGCUGUUGCCACCUCGCUUGCUUCGACCCCGCAAGCCGUUGAAGCUGUCCUGAACAAGCUCAAAUCCGAAGCCGCAAAGAAGGUCGUAUCGCAGCAGAGGCUUGUAGGCACGGUGGCAUUGUGCCACGUCGAUGCGUCGGGGGCCAUUACCCGCAGGGAAAAAGACACAGGUGCUGCUAACAGUGGGGGUUGGAGCGCGGUUGCCAGUCGUGGUUCAUGGCGGAAAAUAGCGAGCAAGGCGCCCGCGGAGGCUACAGCUGCUGAGCAGCGGGCCCCGAGCGCAUUCGUGGCGUUGAGGAGGCUGGAAGCGAGGAAAAAGAAGGAAGCUACCGCGCCUGUGGAAGAGGACUGGCUGGCUGCGGUUGAGAAGGAGAAAGAGGAGCAGGGAGGAGAAGCUGGGAGCAGCAACGGAUCUGAGAUCGUCGAUACCGCUGGCGAUGGGACUUGGCGUGAAGAAGAACUGACUCAAGACGUGGCACACACAGACCAGAGGCGCCUCGUUCCAGACGGUGAGUAGAUUCUAAAUUGCAAUUAACUCAAGAAAGAGUUCAUAGUUUUGCCAAGCAUAUUGAGAGUAGCAGCAGCAACACUCUACGCGCAUUAUCAAAUGUCUGUCCACCGCCAGGCAAAGUCCGUCUACCGGGUUGUCGUCCCAUCUCUGCAGUAGCCUUCCCUUCCCUGCUCCGGUUCCAGCGUCGUGAGUGUCAUUAGCGUCAUAACCGUCAUAAAAAAAAGCAAGUGAUUAGUGAGAUUAGUGAGAAGGAGAAGAAGAAGGAGGAGCGGGGCCGGCCGCGGCCGUGGCACCCUGUUCCUCGGCGUCCCCGCCGCCCUUCUGCCCCUUGGGCUCGGUCAGCCCGUCGCCGAGGUUGAGCUCCUGCAUGACCUCGACGGCGAGCUCGUUCUCCCCGCGCAUCCUGUCUUCUUCUUCGCGUCGCCGUCGUUCCUCUUCUCGGUCGCCAUCUGCCGCCGCCACCGCCACAUCUUCCGCCUUCGUAUCUUCCUUCGUAUCUUCCGCCUUCGUAUCUUCCUUCGUAUCUUCCGCCUUCGUAUCUUCCUUCGUAUCUUCCGCCUUCGUAUCUUCCUUCGUAUCUUCCGCCUUCGUAUCUUCCGCCUCUUCUUUCUCCCUCGCAGGUUGCUCCACGCCCCGUUCGGCGGCCUUGGCCGGCGCGGGCACAACCAGCCCGUCCUCCCCGGCCGCCUUCUCCCCGUCGUGCACGUGCAGGUGCCCGUGUGCGAGCAUGUGGCCGUGCUUCUUGACCCGCUCGAUGGCGCCGCCGGCCUUUUUGCGCGCCUUGACAUACAUCUCGAGGCCGACGAGCACGGCGUAGCUCUUGCUGACCCUCACGUGGCUCAUAUCGACGCCGGCCUCCUUGAGGGACUUGACGAAGGCGCGGAAGUUGCUCGCGGGCGGCCGGUAAUGGCCCGACAGCGGGGAGAGGCUGGUCAGGCGGCCGUCCUUGAUGCGGAUCAGGCCGGCGGCGGAGAUGCGGCUGCCCUGGAGAAAGGACGAGUGCUGGAAGGCGCCGCUGUUCUUGAUGCCGACGUAAAGGCGGAAUGAGGUGUCGGCGACAAAGAUCCAGGUGUUUUUGCGGACGGUCUUGCGGAGGAGCUUGUUGAAGAUGGUGGCGCCAGAGAGGUGAUGAGAGAUCUUUUUCUUGGGGGAAAGGGAGGUUGUGGAGCAGGCGUAACGAUUUGCGUUCGCCGAGGCAAUGGAGGAGUCGGCGGAGGAGGAAGAGGAGGAGGAGGAGGAGGAUGUUGAUGCUGACAAUGAGGAGGAGGCGGUGGAGGGCCGGGAGGAUAGGGAGGAGUUGGUGGUCGUGGCGCCGAGAAAGGCGGUUUGGUUUUCCGAGGGAGGCUUGUAGGGAGGGGUAGGGUCGUCGCAGGGCACGAUGCCGUGGAUCGAGUCCUUCCACUUCUCGGUUGUAUCGAUGCGCGCGCCGUUCUUGGCCCAGCAAAGGCGGCCUUCGUCGUCGACCUUGACGAGGUAGUACUGGCGCUCUUCGCGCGAGAGGUAGCGGACCUGUUCGCGUUCGAGGACCUCGCGCGGGCAGGCUUCGAUGUCGAGGUCCUUUCCCUCGCCGUAGUCGAGCCAAUAGAAGAAAUUCUCGUUGGUGUCGGCGCGCUUCCAUACUUCGUGGUACACACGCAGGUUGGCGCCGUAGCGAUGCUUGAGGUCGACCAUCUCGAGGAAGUAUUGCAAGCCCAUCAUCCUGGCUUCCUGCUUGCGGCGAGCUUUGGCCUCCUUCUUUCGCUUGCGUUCCGCCUUCUUGAGCUCCUCGGAUUUCUUGUGGCGGCCGGCACCGGAGUCGGACGAGGACGAGGAAGAGGAGGAGGAGGAGGAGGAGCUGCUGGUCGAAGAUGAAUCGUCAUCCAAGUCGCCCCCGG